ACCUCAGACUCGCAGGCGGUGCACCAUGGGGGGCCUGAGGCCCUGGGCCCGAUGUGGGCUACUGAUGGUGGCCCACUGGCUAGCUCUAGGGCUGGGGGCUGUGGUAUUCCAGGCCCUGGAGGGGCCUCCGGCACUCCGGCUCCAGGCCAAACUCAGGGCUGAGCUGGCCACUUUCCAGGCGGAGUACGGGGCAUGUCUGCCAACCGGGGCCCUGGAGGAGCUGCUGGGCACCGCCCUGGCGGCCCAGGCCCACGGGGUCUCCAGCCUGGGCAAUGGCUCAGAGGCCGGGACCUGGGACCUGCCCUCAGCCCUGCUCUUCACCGCCAGCAUCCUCACCACCACGGGUUAUGGCAGCAUGGCCCCGCUCUCGGCAAGUGGAAAGGCCUUCUGUGUGGUGUACGCGGCCCUGGGGCUGCCAGCUUCCCUAGCGCUCGUGGCCACACUGCGCCACUGCCUGCUGCCUCUGCUCGGCCGCCCGGUUGCCUGGGUAGCUGUCCGCUGGCAGCUGGCCCCUGCCAGGGCUGCGCUGCUGCAGGCGGCUGCGCUAGGCCUGCUAGUGACCGGCACCUUCGUGCUGCUGCCAGCACUGGUGCUGUGGGGUCUGCGGCGCGACGGCAGCCUGCUGGAGGCCGUCUACUUCUGCUUCGGCUCCCUCAGCACCAUCGGCCUGGGGGACCUGCUGCCCGGUCGUGGCCGUGACCUGAAUCCAGUGCUUUACCACCUCGGCGAGAUGGCACUUCUUGGCUACUUGCUCCUGGGGCUCCUGGCCAUGCUGCUGGCAGUGGAGACGUUCCUGGAGCUGCCACAGGUCCAUGCCAUGGUGAAGUUUUUCGGGCCCAGUGGCCCUUCGACCACUGAAGACCAAGGUGGCAUCCUAGGCCAGGACGCACUGGCUCUGAGCACCCUGCCCCCCGCAACCACAGCCCCAGAACAGGCCCCGGCUUGCUGACAGGUGUCAGGCGAUGCAGCUAACGCCUUUCAGAUGAAGAGGCCUGAGGAGGAAGCCUCCAGAGAUGGGAGGGGAGGGGUGGGCGUGAGGACCUCAGAGCACACAAUGGGCCCUGGCUGGUGAGGCUCAGUGG